AUGUCGUUGAACGAAACUGAUUGUCAGAUUAUGGCUGAAAUCGCGACUUCCUCAUUUCUCAGAACAGUCCUCUCCACUACAACAUUUCUUUGCAUUUGCUGCAUACCAUUUUGCUUGAAUUUCGCAUGGCUCAUCAUUCACGAAACCAGACUCCAUUUUAAUAGCAAAUGCAUUUUUGUCACGUUCAACAUUUCCGUACUUGUUCACGUUUCCGUCCGAAUCAUCCUGCACGGAAAGGACUUUUUGAAUUACGUUGGCCCGUGGCAGAAUGGAUGCGAACUUUUCCCGGACAGAAGUCGAUGUGACCUUCGGAAAUUGUAUAAGCUCUCUGCUUUUGCUAUAGAAGUCACUCCUUUUGUGUUGACUGUGGAAAGAUUUAUAGCAACAUUUCGAGCUAGUAAUUAUGAGAAUAGAUAUAAAUGGUGUGGAGGUUUAUUGACAGGGUUUCAUGUUUGCCUAUCUAUGUUUCUUUUUUCCCUUCAUUCAUCUGGCAAAGCUGGCAAAGCUAUUAUUUAUUACUGCUGGGUUUCCUCAACUGACAAUCAAUCAAUGCGAACCAUUCCAAUUUUAAUAGUUGUUGUCAGUCAACUGAUCACGAUUCCUGGUCUCUUAUAUCUUCUCAGAAAAAAUGAGCGAUUUCGAGCACUGUCCUUUCAAAAACGUUCAACAUUAUCACAAAGAUAUCAGCUAUCAGAAAACCUGCAGACUUUGACCAAGUUCCGGAUUGUCAGUGCUGUAACAUGGACUUUCGUUACUUACAAUGCUGCUGCUACGUUUGGUGUUUAUCUAUUCUCUGAUGCGUGGUCAUAUGCAGAAGAGUUUGCGGUUAUUGAAAUAGUUCACUGCCUUCCGCUGUACUACUUGAUUCUGGCGGCUUGUCUCAUCAUUGAAGACAAAAAACAUCGAAAUCAGAACAUAAUCAAAGUUAACAACUACGAACCACAAUACUUCAAUCAUUUGCAAGCAUUCUUCGACGAGGCGUUUGAAAUUGUUAAGUCAAGAUCUAGAAAAGUUAAAAUUCCAAAAUAA